CCCAUUUCACACACACUCUCUCUGUCUCUCUCUCUCUCUCUGGCCUCUGCCACUCAAAUCAUGAAGACCCUUUGAACUACAUUCCUCACUCUUUCUGAACUUUUAGCAGAGAGCUUUGUUAAUGGGGUGUUUUCUUGCAUGUUUUGGUUUUUCCAAGAAAAGAAAGCGUCGAGUACAUUCCAAUAAGAAACAUGGAAGUUAUAAGCCUUUGGAUUCCUCUUUCCCUGUAAAUCUUGACAUCAAAGAGGACCCCAUUUGCUCAGAUUCUGGGUUCAGAGACAAGCCUAAGGAGGAGUCCAGCUUCAAAAUCAGGAAGAAAGUCAGCUUUAAUUUAAAUGUUCAGACCUAUGAGCCAAUUCCAACUGAUUGUAGUUUGUUGGAGAGUGAUGAGGAGGGAGAAAAGGGAAAGAAAGGCGAAGAAACAGCGAAACGAGGCCUAAUCCCUUCAUUUUCUAAAUGGCAUUCAACAGCCCUUACUACGGGCGCGUACCCUUCAAAUUAUAGGUACCAAAAUUGUACAUACAACUAUGACGAUGAGGAUGAAUUAGAAUUUGAGGAAAUUGAUUUGGAUGAUGAUGAUUACGAAAACGACAUUGAUGACUACAAUGACAGUGAUGAUAAUGAAGGUUAUGGCAACAAUGGCAUUCAUCAUGGUGAAAGCCAAGAAGAGGAUUCUGGGCAAUUGGAGUCUUCAAAUAUGGAAUCACAGGAAAGAGUUUCUUUGACUCGGUUGGCCAAGGAUAAAAUCAAUGUAAAUCCCCCGUCCGCUUCAAAUGCUCGAGAUAGAAGUCAAUAUGUACAUUAUGUGCUAAACCCAAUAGAAAAUCUCUCCCAAUGGAAAGCAGUCAAAGCGAAAGCAGCACCACCUAAGCACCAGAGGAAGGAGAACAUAGAAUUAAAGGAAGAGCCACUUAUAUUCAUUAGUUCAAAGCCAAUUUUAGAUCCAUUGCCUUUCUCAAAUCCAAGUCAGUCCAAACCUCUAAUGCAAGAGAUUGCUGUUGAUUCCAGCCUUUCAAGCUGGUUGGUUUUACCGAAGUCUAAUAGGUCAGAGAUCACAACCCAUUGCUCUUAAGGCCAUGUCAGUGAAGAAAACUAUAUUGUAUGGAUCAAAUUAAUGGAGAGAAACAGAAGGCAGAGCAAUUUUGGAAAUCAGCAAAUUAAAGGCCAGCAGAAUUUCUUAUUUCAGGUCCUGAGGGAGUUAAUUGAGUCAUAUGGAACAGGAGUAUCAUAUGAAGCUCAUCCAACUUUUGCACAACCAUUAAGAAAGGACAAUCGGUAACUAAUUUUGGUACGAAGAUGAACAGCCAAAGCUAGUUUUUCUUAUCUUUCUUGGCUAUUCAUAUAGGGUGUGAACAAUCUGGAGUGUUGUUUUUGUUUGUGUUUGUGUUCCUGAUUUUUUUAUUCUCCUCUGAUUCUUUUGUGGAUGUUGAUGAUGUUGGAUAGUUUCUCUUGUAUUGUUUAAUAUCAUCCUGAUUUAUGAAAA